AUGUUAUUUAUGAUUCAGUUAACACUUUUGAUGGUUCUUUCUGUAAUGUUCUUAUUAUGUGGAACAAACUCUCAAACAAAACAAGCGACCACUAAUAAUAAAUCCAAAAUUUCUGUUGCUAAAACUAAGAAGUCGAAAAAGAAGUCGAAGAAAGUCAAGGAAGAAGGUGAAACAUCGCAAAAGUCAUAUCCUGCAUUCGUGAUGCCCACGAAGAGUGAAAUGAAGAGAAUCAAGUCAGCAGAGGGCAAGAAAAAAGGAACGAAAGAUGGGUUCUAUCAGGAAAAAUCAGACGAAGACGACACUCUUGAAAAAGUUGAAAGUCUUCACUUGGAAAUGUCCGAUAAGACUAGGCGGGCUGCAAAGAAGAAGGCAAAGAAAAAUGUAUAA